UUGGCUGGGGAAAUGGCAGUUUGAAGGUUGGGGGUGGGGGGGAAGGUGGCGAAUUGUGAGGGGAGGUGAUGCUGGACUUCUUCCAGCAUGAAACACCGGCCUCAAAAUGACAGGAGACAUUCAGGUCAGAGCUUUGGAGGACUUCAUAAAUCAGGAACUUUGAACAGCCAAGCAGGAAGGGGAUCUGAAAAGCAGAAAGAAUUUGUCACUAUGCAUACAGGCAUCAGCCAUCACCACAUGUCACCAUUAAAUGGAGUUGUAGGCGAAAGCAUGGAUUCACAUCCUGCUUUAUUUGUUGGGACUCCAGAAAGCGUGCCACGUCCUUCCAAAGACGAAGUUCAAAUUCAGGUGGAAGCAUCUGAAGGCCAGGACAACAGAUCUGGGGCAGAUACCCAGCGUUCAAACUCUUCUCAUUCACAUGGUCACUCACGUUCUCAUCCCAGAUCAGAGGGUCCUGCUGGAGAAAGGUCUGAACUAGAUGACAGGGAAUCCUCCAGCUCAGUUUCAGAACUUCGGUACAUCUUUCUGUGGCUUCAGAAGAGUCUCCCAUAUAUUCUUAUCAUUUGUGCCAAACUGGUUUUCCAGCAUGCUCUAGGUAUUGCAGUCGGUGUUGGACUGUGCAUAACUUUCCUUUAUGCAAACAAGAUAAUUAUAAAUCAGGUCUUCCUCCAGGAGCGCCGCUCUAUAUUACAUUGUAGUUGGUUGCUUGCAUUUCUAACAGCUUCCACCUUUCUCCUCUAUGACACUUUUCGGUCCCAGUCACUCUUCUACAGUCUAAUCUUUUUGCAUUCCAAUGUCGAUCCUGUCGAAUUCUGGGAUGUGCUAUGGAUUGUGGGAACUGCAGACUUCAUAUUGAAGUUCCUCUAUAUGGGAUUCAAGUGCCUUAUCCUCGUGGUACCUUCGCCACUGAUGUCAUUCAAGUCAAGGGGUCAGUGGUACAUGGUUAUUGAGGAAGUGAGCCAAUUUCACCGCUCACUUGUACCCUUACCAGUUUGGUCUUGGUAUCUGGUUGGUAAUAAAGAAUCAGAUGGUUUCACGAUCUGGACUCUUGGUAUUCUGUUAAGUUUGUUCUACCUCAUACUCAAGCUCCUUGGAAUCUAUGGUCGAUGGAACAAUUUUAAGAGGGCUCUGAAGAGUUUAAUCCACAAACAGCACUAUGGGAUUGCAGCCAGCAAACUUCAGUGCAGUGAAGCAAGCGAUAUUUGCCCGAUCUGUCAGACAGAAUUCAGAGAACCUAUUCUCCUCCUCUGUCAGCAUAUAUUCUGUGAGGAAUGCAUCUCACUCUGGUUCAAUCGAGAAAAGACUUGCCCCUUGUGUCGAACUGUCAUCUUGGACUACAUUCAGGCCUGGCGAGAUGGUGCAACCUCUACUCAUCUACAAAUUUAUUAACGAGCUAAUCAAGUUACUCUGGAUAAUUGCAAUGAAAUAGGACACAAUGCAACCACAGCUUUCUAACAAUUAAGUACAAAGGAAAACAUGAAAAAAAUUUAAUAAUAAACAUUUAAAUGCUUUAUUUUGUUAAUGGAUAUUAUUCAAUGUAAUCAGCAUACUGUGAUUUAUGAUUAUAUUUAAAUAAAUUUCAAUCAUUUGAUUAUAGUUUUUAACUAGGCCUCCCACUCACUCCUUUCCACUUCCAUAUUGGAAAUAGUAUUAAACACUAAUUUGGAAACUGUAGCUUGCCAAAAUUCAAAAGAUUAAAUGCAAAACCUGAUAAUGUAUUACUCAAAGUGCAAGUUUGGAGGGGUGGUGUGGGGGGUGGGGACAAGAAUUGUUGAAAAUCAAUCAUACUCCAGACAAUUAAUAGAUGUUUCCAUGUCCUUGAUAGCUUAUUCAAGACCUCUGCAUUUUCAUGUGAAAAAUUUCUUAGAGAAAUUUCAUUGGUAAUUUCAGGCCACCACAUUUACAAGGCUAGGCAAUGUUAAAAGUUUAUGCAGUAUCACAAAGAGCCCCCCCCCCCCCCCAUGCCAAAUAACAAAGCCAUGGAGAUGUUUAUUUCCUAGCACAAGUUAGUUUUAUAUGUUUGGAGAUAAAAUUUUCAUUCCAUUGGCCAGCUAUCCAAAACAACAAUGUAAAUACAAACAUCUUUUAAAAAUGAAACAAACUGCAUUUUGCAAUGUGAUUUAUACUAGAUGAGUUGAGUGAAGAAAAUUUAACACUGACGAUUGGAUCAAGAUUUUUAAAAAGCUGAGAAAGUAGACAGCGUUCAACUUCUUGCAAGUAAAUCUGAAUAAUAAUUUCUCAAAGUAGAAAGGCACAUGUCAUUUGUACACAAUUAUUCUUAAGGUAAUUUGAGCACAGAAGUGAUUUUCAUGCCAAUCAGAACCAAACUUCAGUAAGUUAAUUGGUAGAGUUACAAUGCUGCACAUCAAUAACUGGGUAAGUUUUUGAAAACAAUUAACCCACCUUCCCACUCAAUCUUUCGACCAAAAAAACAGAAACACUUCUACCUCUCAAUACUGGAGUGAAUGAGAUAAGGGAAGAGAUAAAAUGGCAAUGCCUAAAUCAAACAACUUAGUUCUGAAAGUCAAGACCUUUGGAGUUGUCAACAAAUAUAAUCAGGUUUUAAACAAGUUUGUUUUGUAGACUGAGAAAAUGGGUUGGAUUCACUGGAUUAUUUUUCUCAUGUCCAAUUUUUAAAUUCUAUGCCUCAAGAAUGACGUUUCUUCAGUGUUCGGGAAAAAAGUAGUUUUAAAACACUACCGUCUUAAAUGUUAUUUUAAUUUGGGCCAGAAAUUUACAUAUUUGUAUAGUUUUACAUUCAAUGAUUUUUAAAAAAUUGUUGAUUCUAAAAUUCAAGUAUGGUUUUGAUAAAUAUCACCAUCCAGACAAAGGUAGGAAUUACUUAAUAUCUUAUGCCAAAUUUAUGACUGAUGAGAUUCCCUUUCCCUCUGAAGUUAACUGGUGAGUCUACUUUAGAAGCUACAAUAGUUUUUUGUUUUAAGUAUUCAGUCCCACUACUUACUCAAUCCAAUCAAUGUCCCAAUCAGGAUGGAUCCUUCAAGUAUAUGCCAGCAAAUAGGCCAUGAACUUGCUCCUGGGCACAGAGCUGCAUUCCGACCAUACAGGCUAAAGCAAAUGCUUCUAACUGGGAACACAGUUUCUGUAUCCCCCAAAUAUCAAUGCACACAGCCAAGCAAACUGUCAAAAAUAGGAAUCCAGUCUAUUUUUUUAAAGAACUUUCAAAUGGCAUGAUACAGUUUCAUUUGAAAGUGGAGCUUGGAAGUUGUGAUCUAAUAACGUUAGAGGCAAAAUGCUGGACAGAAUCUGAUUUUUCUUUCAGAUGUAUUUUGGAUUGAAGUUUGUUUUGAAAUGUAAUUUACUUUGCUUGUAAAAUGCAUGUUGUAAGGGAGAUGAGAUUAAUAUUCACUUUCCCUCCCUUUGUUUUCAUUUAUAAUCUUAAAUAAAAGAGAUUUAUCUGACAAUAA